AUGAAUGAGGUGUCACUUCCAGAUAUCAAUAAUCUUUCCUUUGAUCGGCUUCUUAAGAUCAAAUCUAUUCUUCAGCCUUCUAAACAUACUCGCAUACAUGACACCUCGGUAGCAAACCGCAAAAAAAAUGCACAACAAGCACUUAUUUCCACUGACCAAAAGCUUAUCCGCUCCAAAACAGUAACCGAACGUCACAAACUUGCACUUCACAUUAUAAACUCGGCAGAAAAUGUUAUUGGUUCUUGGAAUGAAAAGAAAUCAGCUAGUAGAGAAUCUUCUACUGCUUCGUUUCCAUCUCCAUCUCCAUCUCCUCCACCUUUAGAUUCCUCCAAAAUUGCUGCAUACGAGGCCAUUUCUUUAGCAAUUAAAACACUUUAUGAAAACAGGUCAAAUAAUUCUCAAAAACAGCUAGAUUUAGAAAAGAGACACCUUUCUAUCAUUUUAAAAUUAUUAGACGUUCCAAUGGUUGACGAAUCAAUAUUAGAGCUACAUAUUUUGGUUGACAAUAUAAUCAUAAAUAUGCAUGGCACAGCAUCACCCUUCUCAUCUAUUUUUACCAUUUCUCCUAAUCCAAAAUAUAUAAAUGAAUCUUUUGCAAACCUCAUUGUUUAUACCCAAAUUGCAAUUCUUAAAGCCAUUAUAAAAAUACCUCCAGCAUCUCAACCUGUUUCGAGCAAAACGAUCAUUGGGUCCUUGAAUUCUCCUAAUGGGAUUUUAUUUUGGGUAUCUCAACUGCCUAUAAAUUCAGCAUCUCAAAAACUCACUAUUUUUGCAAAACUCUUUUUGGCGUUAUCAAACAACUGUGAUCCGUCGAUAUGUUUUUCUUAUAGAAUUGCUUCCUUACAACUAUUUCCACAGAUACAAGAGCCCUAUGUUAACAUGCUUCUUGCUUCAUAUUCUACUUUACGCAAAAAGGUAAACAUGUCCUAUGACCAAAUUAUUCGUGAUUACGGUAAUCUUUUGACUCAGUUGGUAAAGAAAAAGCACAUGCAAUUGAAAACAUUUCCGGCUUUUGUCACUUGGUUUGACAGACUUUCUAAAAAAUCAUCAAUAGAAUCUUGGAAGGAGUCCUAUAAUUUGAUCAAAAAUACAGAUAACGACCCUGUUCUUUCUCUUUUUGAGCAGUUGAAAACAGAUCCUACAAACGAAAAAAUUCAAACAUUAUCAUCAAUUGAAAACAUUCAAGAUUAUUUUGGGACAUCGGAGUUUCUUAGUACCUUUCUCCACAUUGCAAAAACAUUUUUGGACGCAUCAGAAUACUCAAACUUUAUCAGUGUUAUUCACUUUUACCUAUCUUUUUUGCAUACAAAUCAUCCUAACCUUACUAGAACCUUUUCAAAAACUUCAUCAUUAUUUUUUCAUCACGUCAAAAUUAUAAUUGAAAAGGAAGAUAUUACGGAUUCCAUAUUUGGCGAUUUACUAUCUGUAUAUGAGGAAAUUGCGAAGGGACUAGUGAUAAUAGAAGAUGAUACCCACCUUAUAUACAUUUCUAACUCUCUUCUUCCAAUUGGGGCUCGCCUUCGCCAAAAAAAAAAUGAAAUUUAUCUGGAAUACUGGCGCAAAUCCGUUUCAAUAGAGCUGGACUUAUUUGAAAGAAAAAUACCCCCAUCAUCGGUUUUUCCAGGGAAGGUUGAACGUCUUGUUAUUACCCUUAUAGAUUUCAAAAAAUUGGAUGAGGCAUUUAAGUUUUUGUCUCUUUCUUUUCCAUUAAUCGCAUCACUUGAAAAAAUUCAAGACACUGUGUCUACCUUACCUUUAUAUUUACAAUGGCAAUCUUCUUCAAGUAACAGACUAUUUAAUAUUUUUACCAGUGUUAUCUUGGAAAAAUCUUUAAAAGAAGAAGACAUUGAGUUUAAAAAUAUUAAUUCUGAAAUAGAAGGUUCUAUACUUGAGCAAUUGCUGAUAUGCCUAGAAAAAUACACAGCUUCUAACAAAAAAGAAAUUGGAAUUCAAAUUUUGAAAAGGCUUGAAGUUCUGUAUUUCAAUAACCCUCUUCGUCUACUGCGGUCGUACAAUUCACUUUUUAAAUCGGCGAAUGAACUUUAUAACAUACAAGUUAUGGAAAAGCUUCUUGAAGAUUUGAUUAUUAAAAGCACUUUAACAAAUAAUAAUAGACGAACAAGCAAUGGUGCCAAUUUACUGGUUGAGUCUUCAAAAUUGAAAUCAGACUUUGAGCAGGCUCAUCACCGAUUUUUCAUUAUUUCAUGUGCCUCUUUUUCUUUGGCAAUCUCGUCUACAGCAGCUUCAACGCAAAAAUACCAGUUUCUUAACUGUUCAGUCAACUAUGCGAUUGAAAUGUUUAAGUCUAAAGUUCAGAGUGACAACACAGAAAAAGUUAUUAAUCACAUUCGAAGCAUGUGUGCUUUUCUUGAUUUGCAAGGAGCUAAUGAAAAACGAGCAGAUUUGCUAAAAGCGAUGCGUGAUAGUUUUUUAUUACAAGGGAAAUCUACCGAAACACUCAUAAACCGCAUGCACUGUCGUCUUGAUCUUAUUAAAUCGUUAAUUGCAUUAGGAUAUACAGGCUCUGCUUUAAAAGAAGUCACUUCCUUAGAAUCGGAGUAUCAAGAGCAUCAAUUUAUUGCACCUAUUGAUAGAUCAUGGCUUAAGUUAAGACAAGCUCAAAGUUUUGUUUCAGUUGGAGAUACUGUGGCCGCGAGGAAUGUAUUCAAACUCCUUUUCGAAGUGAUUCAAAAUGAUGAACUUUUGAAAAUGCCUCUUUUGAAAGGUCGCCCUGCAACAGAAGAAAGACAGCAUUUUCAACAGCGAUCGCUUUUAUUUGCUGAAAUUUGUUGUACACUAGGUUUAUUCCAUUCUGCUGAGGGAAAUGUUGGUUAUGGUGUUUCUCAAACACAAAAAUCCAUAAGUUUUUUGCAAGGAUUUUUGAAAAAAUUUCAGUCAGGCUCUGGUAAUAAAUCUUCUCGUGAAACAACUUGGCAACUGACAUCUGUUUUAAUUAAUGCUCAGAUUCAAAUGGCAAUGUCAUAUGAACGACUCGGUAUUAUUCGUGAAACUUGCUAUUAUGUGGAUGAGGCUAGCAAAACUGCACAGUUAUCUGAUUGUGGACUUCGUUUAGCUGUGAUUCUUGCUUUCGAGGCUGAGGUUCGUGUUAAAAUGGGUAAUCACAUUAAGAGCACAGAAUGCUUGGAAAAAUGUCAGGCCAUUAUCGAAGGUCUUAAUCUUCAAGAUUUAAACGUUUUAUACUAUGCACACUCUGCAAUCCUUAGUUUGCAACGACAACGUUUAUUUAAUGAAGAGAAUCAAUAUUAUGUUCUUUCUGAUAAGAUAUUUUCUGAUUUAGAACAAAAAAGUCAAAAGUUUUCUGCUUCAGAAAUUGCGAAAAAAAUUUCUCGUUUAUCGUUGACAAAUUUUGAAGCAGUUACACCAAAAAAUACUCCAAGAACAAUGUCAACACGCCGCAGUCUUGUGGGAAGAAGAUUAUCUGGUCCAUUAUUUUCAGAAAAAUCUACACCCACACCUAUUUCUCGCCAAAGCUUACCAAUUGGUGGAUCUCCAAUAAAUUUUUUAGCAAUGAUGGAGACCCCAAAGAGGGAAAGCAAUAUCAAAGAAGAAUCGUCUGAAGGACCAAGUGAAAUUUUUGGUGUUGAAGUGGUAUGGAAUUCCAUUGUUCGCAGUCAAGUGUAUAGUCUGGGACUUCAAAAUUCUGUUGAUGGUGCUAUGUCUCUUUUGGAAGAUCAAUAUCGCAGUGCCAGUACUAGGGACGAUGUUCUUUUAGAAAUUAUAAAAGCUAGAAAUCUUUUCCUUCUUGCAAAAAGUAUUCUUUCAAAGGACUCUAUCUAUUCAUUUGUUUUUGAUUCUGUCAUUUGUGUACCGUCAAUCAAACCCAACAAUGCAUUUUACAAUAAUUAUAUGAAAGAUUCGACUUUCCCAAAGACAGCAAUUGGUCAUCUUGAAAAAGCACAGAACAUGAUUUUGGACAAUGUUUCAAAAAUUAUGGUUGUAUGCAAUGCGACUGAAAUUAGUUCUGUUGCAAGUUUGAUCAAUGCAAUUCAAAUGAGCUUGGCUGCAAUUAGAGAAGUUGUCUAUGAAGGUAUCGAUAUUGGGGAUAUUGCAACUAGCUAUGCCAAUCUUGUUUUGCAGGAUGCAUCUCGCCGACUUACUUUAGAGUCAGAUCGUACUGUGGUCAAGCUUCGCAGUUCUGAUUAUAAUUGGCCGAGUAAAGCUCUUGAAAGUACCGAUACCCCAAAAACGAUUGUUUCCAUGUACAGUGAUUUUGAACAUGAUAUUUUAAAUUCAUUGCCGGAAAAAUGGGCUGCCGUCAGCAUCAGCGUUUCUGCUGAAACUGGAAGUUUGUCUUUGUGUCGAUAUGAAAAAAAUAAGAGCCCCUUACAGCUAUGUCUUCCACUUAAUCGUCAUAGUAGUCGUGACGCCAAUGAAGAGUCAUUUUCUUUUGAUUUAGGCAUGCAACGAUUAAGAGAAAUCAUUGAAAAAAGCAACGAGUCUGCAAGCUCACAACGGACAACACAGAUCAAAACCUCGGAAGAGCGACAAUUAUGGUGGAAAGAACGAUAUGGCUUGGAUCAGAAGCUUGAAGAGCUUUUAGGUGAUGUGGAAUACUUUUGGUUGGGCGGGUUCACUGGUAUAUUUUCCCGACAGCGUGUGGUACCGCAUCUUUUAGAGAAUUUAGCCACUCAGUUUGUCAAGUUGUUGCGGGUAUACUUACCAUCCCGUAAUUGGGUCAUGGGCGGAAUCAGGCCACGGAGCGGUCUGGGCAAAUAUCGAUCACGCGAAGAGCCCCGAAGGUUUGCAGGUAGUUCUAAUGAAAUCAAUACUGGAAGCAGCGGCAGCAUGUCUAAGGGAAGUGCUGGUCUUGAAGAGGUGGAGAUUGAGCUAGAUUCUCGAAUUCUUGAGUUGUUUGUGGGACUUGGAGAUCCUGAUAAUAUUAAAGAUCCUGGUCUGAUUGAAGACUUGACAUAUUUUGUUUUGGACAUUUUACAGUUUCAUGGUGAGCGUAACGCAUUUGAUGAGAUUGAAAUUGACCAGUUUAUGGUACAUUUGGAAACUGCAUUGCAUAAUUAUCAUGCUCAAGUUGCAGCAAUGGAUGAACAACUUGGGGAGGAGGGGUUGGAGCAUAUUGUACUGGUCCUUGACCGCAAUACACAGGCGUUCCCUUGGGAAUCAAUACCUUGUCUACGACAGCAGUCAGUGUCGCGGGUCCCAUCAUUAUCAAUUUUGUCUCAGUUACUACGAGAGCACUACCAGCCAGAGGUUGAUCCUGUAUGGCCUGUAGUGCAAGUAUCAUUAGAAGAAAAAAGUAGCGAUAGCGGGUGUUAUUACAUUUUAAAUCCCAGUCGUGAUUUGCCUAAGACCCAAGAACGGUUUGAGAACAAGCUUACAAAUUUGCGAGGAUGGAGUGGUUUGGUUGCUCAAGAACCGACGGAGACUGAACUUGUGGGGAUGCUUGAAAGUGGGAAGCUUGUUGUUUACAUUGGACACGGGUCUGGAUUGCAGUACAUUCGUGCAGCAAAGAUUAAGGCACUGAAGCGUUGCUGUGCAACAUUACUUCUUGGAUGCAGUUCAGGCGCGUUGGAAGAGGCCGGAGACUACGAUCCGUGGGGAACGCCAAUGACGUAUAUGAUUGCCGGGUGUCCGAUGCUGCUUGCCAAUAUGUGGGAUGUGACUGACAAGGAUAUUGAUUUAUUCAGCACAUGCAUGUUGGAGCGGUGGGGUGUAUUACCGCCGCCUAAUCCUGGAAUGGGAGUAAGUGCAAUUGGUGAAGCAGUUCGUGAUAGUCGAGAUGAUUGUAAUUUGCGGUUCUUAAAUGGAGCUGCACCUGUUGUUUAUGGAAUUCCGCUUAAGAUUAAAAAAAAAUUGGUAAUGGGAAAUAAAUAG